UGUGUGUAAGGUGGAGAGUGAUUAGUGGGUCACUUCCUUCCUUUACCAUCCAUCUGGACAAGAGCAGCAGCAGCAGGAUAAAGAAAAGUCUGUCAAACGAGGAGAAGGAGGAAAAGAAAGUGAAGGACAGAGCGAGAUGUAAAAAAUGGUGAUAACGAAAGUAUUGCAGUUGUCCAAACUUGCCACAGUGUUUGUUGUGAAACACUGUUAAGUACAGUCAACCCGUGAGGAGCCGUAACCGACUCUGUCAGACAUGCGUGAGUAUCUUCUCAGUGUCGUCGGCUGCCUCUGCCUUCUUCCCGGUCUCAGUGCUGAAGAAUGCAGCCAGGCUGUUCUGGCCAGACGUGAAACGUUCUAUGUACCAGAAGGGGGCAGUCUGUCUCUGUCUUGUGUGGUCCAGCACUGUGGAGACACCUGGACGGGGAACUGGAGGUGGCAAAAUGCGACAGAUGAAAGGUUCAGUACCAUCAGGAACUCCGAAAGACAUCAUCUGACCAAUGUGACGCUUUCAGCAAACGGAACCCGCCUAGUUUUGAAUCUCCAGAGGGUCAACCAAUUAGACGAAGGUUCCUAUGGAUGCAAGGUUACGUGGGGUGAAGGUUACACUGAUCAGGGUCAUCUGAUGUACGUGAACAUCACAGCAGCUGUUCCCUCGCAGAGGAAUUUGUUGCACAGGGUUUUGGUCUGCGUCGGUGCUUUCCUUUGUCUUCCUGUCAUUCUCGGACUGGCUCGUUGUGUGAGGUCAGAGGUCAAGCCUCACCCACAUCCCAGGACUCAGUCCACACAUGUGGCUGUACACAGAGAUGAACCCGACCUGGCUCCACUGCCUCUACCCCGAUGUCCAGUACAACAGAAACAUAGAGCUUCCUCACACAAAGCGAGCCCCAAGUCCCAGCAGAACACUGAGGUGCUGUAUGCAGAUGUUUCUAUGGAGGCACCAAGGCCAAAGAGAGUCGUCAGAGAGCCUCCUCAGUCGACUGUGUACUCAUCGCUCAAAUUUUCCUGACUGCAUUUGAAUUAAGUGGAGGUGAAAAGCUGUAUUCUGUAGAUAAAUUAUUUUAUACUUUUUGGUGAGGUACAGUACUGCUGAGUCCUUGUUGCUUUCAGGAAACAUGACGUGGACAUGUGAAGUUUCUCACACGCAGGAAGCGACUACAAUACAUUUCAGGACUUCACCUGCAUAAUGUGAAACUCGAUUAAAGAAGAGGACACAAUUAAAUACAAAUUAUAGUA